AAAAAAAAAAAAAGAACUCUGAAGCUGUGCUUGUACUUCUGGGUGUCUUCAAAAAAACACUUUCAAAAAAAAAACAAGCUGGGAAAACAUUACAGUUAGAGGGAAGGUAGUAAAACUUUGUGUGAGAUUAUAUUGGCAGGGCGGUGUUCAUUUGCAAAAAAAUUAGUUGAUUUUCAUCAUUCACAUGACCUGAUGCAUAGAGUUCAUUGGUACAUCUGUAACAUCCUCAGAAGCACCAACACAUGCAUGUCCAGAUGGUGUGGCCAGGAUCACUUGUGUGCAAAGAGGAUGACAAGGGGUGUAGGUUGUCAAGUCUUCAUCAUGCUGCUGGACUUCUUCAUGGUACUAUAAAGUAGUUUUUGGACAAAUCUUUCAUACUCUUCAGGAGUCACUGGUUGGUAUGGGAUGGGUCUUUGCUGUAGAAACUUGCUGACUUCAGGUUUUAUAAAUCUUGGACCAAGUUUGGACCUGGUUUUGUUUUGUUGGGUUUUUUUUAAACCUUUUUGUUGUUGUGUGUUUUUUCUUUAUCUGAAUGUUUGAAAUGCAUGCUUGAGGUCUGUUUUUCUAUUGGGCCAAGAAGGAAAGGGGUUGUGUUUGUGAUACGCUGCAAACUUGUUACCAUCCUUCUGGUGCAGGAUCUUUUGCUGAUGAGUCAUUGAUACUGUCCUCCUACCAGAGUGGAGGCCUUUUGGCCAUUACGUAAACAGUGUAUUUCUCAAUUGCAGUGCUGGGAAUAGUGUCCUGAAAACAGUGUCCAGGGAACAGCAUUCUUCAUUAUUGGUACAGCUGUGCUUUUAACCCUUGGUUCAUGUGUGUGUGGGUGUACAAAGUCACUCUCUCUUACAGUCAUGUGGCAGUUAUGCCAAUCCUAAUAUUUCUGUUAAGAUUGGCAUGACAACAGUAACUUUCAAAUGGAAAAAUAGAAAUAAAAUCUUAACAGAUUUAAAAAAAGAAGAAACUGCUCAUUUUUGUGUCGAACUGUAUGGGCUGAUUGUUGACAGCUGCAGUUUAAGAGGAAGAAUGUACAUUUGACAUGGGGAUAAAUCAAAAACCUAACUUUCCCAUGUUUCUAGGUCUGGCUUGAUCAGGAGGCAUUUUGGAAGGUUUCCUGUACUUAGCAGGCAGUGAGAUCCUCUUUUGCCAUCUUAUUCCAAACUUCCCAGCUUGUGUAUUUAUUCAGUGGAACUGCAAGUACUGGAUGCAUUUUUCUCUGUGGAACUGUUUCUACAUGGGCAGCUUUACUUCCUUCCUUAAUAAAAACACUUCUUUGCUCUUGUGUAACUUUUAUGCAAGCUGCAGCAUUUUCAAGGCAUUCCAUGUAUAAAAUGCACAUCAUGAAAAAUAUUUGUUUUAUAAACAACCAGUUUUCUGUAGAGGCCAUUGAACGGUAUAUUCAUAUCAUAGAUGGCAGGCAUCGGUUUGUUGAGGUUUAUUUUUGUAAAUCAUCUCCCCGCACACAUAUUUGCCAGUGGAGGGUCCCGUUACCAGAAUUAGCCAAGUAAAUUGAACUAUGAGUUCAAUGAUGUGAUUUCAUUCUAAGUGCUGAAGUCAGAGGUGCAGUCUGCAGGAGUAUAUAAUGGUUUCUCACCUUGUUUUCCUCCUCUCCCUCCCUUCCUCCCUCCCUCUCUAUUUACAGGUUAUUCUAAUAUUUGUCUGUGUGUUGACAAAGGAAUCUGUAGAAAUUACUCCACUGCCAUAUAGAGUGCAAGUCCAUCGGGUAGCUUUGGAUGGAGGAGACCCCUCUAACCCUUUGAGGAGAGAAAAGAGACAGAUGCACUGUCAACUGGGACAAUACCUACACCCCAGAAAGACCCACUGCUGCAUGAGGUGUCAUGCAGGUACCUACAAGGCAAAAGAUUGUGAUGGGCCUGACCAGGCAACUGUCUGUCUUCCAUGUGCCAAUGGCACAUUCACAGCUGUUGACAACACCAUGUCUAAAUGCUUCCAGUGCAAACGCUGCCGUGCAGCACUCCAGCAGAUAGUAGAGACCCCCUGCACCCCAAAGCAAGAUACUGUAUGUGGCUGUCAGAAGAAUCAGUAUCAGAUUGAUUCUGAGUCUGAAUACUUCCAGUGUAGGAACUGCAGCUCGUGCGCCGAUGGGAUUAUUGCCAGCUGCUCAAAGAACAAAGAUGCCAUUUGCAGAUGUAAGCCUGAAUUCUUCCUGUCACGUAGUAAUAUUUGCAAGCCUUGCAACAGCUGCACGGGAGAAGACUGCUUGCGGUGUCCUAGCCCAGUCGCUACCUCACCGACUUCAUCUGGGCUGAAUGGAAACCUUGUACUUGGCACCCUUGUUGCAAUAUUUGGAGUUAUCCUUGUCCUCUGUGUUGCACGUAAAGUAGGGAAGCUGGUCCAGAAAUAUAAGACAGUGUCUUUCUACUCCUGUGUUUCUUUGCCACAGACAACCAAGGAGCCGGUAUCACAGGUUGAGGAAAAAAUAAAUGAAAUUUCCACCCUUCAUCCUGAGUCCCAGAAGGAAACAGAAUUGCCAUUAAAGGCAACCCUAUCAUCUGCACCCCUGCCACAGAGUUCACAUGAGUUACCAGACUGUGUCAGACCUGCCAGGAAGACACAGCUUCCAGACAACCCUGCUAUCCUGUACACCGUGGUGGAUCACGUGCCGCCGUCGCGGUGGAAGGAGUUUGUGCGGCGCCUGGGCCUGAGUGACUACGACCUGGAGCGGAUUGAGCUGGAGCACCGGCGCCUGCGAGACGCCCAGUACGAAAUGCUCCGACUGUGGAGACUGCAGCUGGGCCGUGCUGCCACUGUGGAGCACAUCAGCUGUGUUCUCAACCAGAUGGAGCUCAGUGGCUGCAGUGACGCUGUUCAAGAAGCUUUGCUAAACCAGAACUCUCCUCAACCGUGCAGCCUCCACAACCACCUUUAAUCUACUUCUGCUUUAGCUGCCUUUGACUAUUAAGAGGGGAUCAUAGCUCUCUUUCUUUCCUCAUAUCUCCCCAUCUUUGUAACACUCGUCAGCUGAUUUUGUUGGAGACAGCAGCAGGUUAUGCUGGAGGAAGGCUGAGGUUUGCUUCUUAACCACCACGUAGUUCAACCUUUAAGGCAUGGCAGACCUCCUCAACACCUCCUCUCCCAAGGAGGGGAAGCACCUCAUAAAGGAAGUGGUGAACUCUGACCAAGAUGCAAAGAGGAGCUCUGAGUGACUUGAUCAUAGAUCAGCUUCUAGGGACAAGUUGUUGCCGAAACAGGUACUCCACACAUCGUGUGGUGGGUAAACUUGUAGGGUGCUUUGGUUAAGCUGACUGUUCAGAUGUUAAAGUACUCACUCACUUCUUGCAGAUCUAUUUUUCUGCGAGAUCAACCAGUUGAAGUGGCUCAUAUUGCAGCCUUUUGAUUGCUAAAUCUGACUCAGAGGAAGUGGUGGGAGGAUGUGCCUAUUUCUGGGAGCAGGAGAGGAUUGCCCUCUCUCGGUAGCAACUAGUAGGUAGGGCUGUAGCAAGACUCCUGGAGAUUGAGAACUGGUUCUCUCUGCGAGGAACGGGAUGACAUUAUCCUUUCCACACCAUGUCCCUCAGGUUCCAGAAGAGUAAGAAUUCCAAGCCAGUGAGUCAGAUGAGAGGGUUGGUGCUUUUUUCCUCAAGUUUUUUUUUUCUGUAUCUAGAAAUCAUGUAAAUUAGCAUUAACAAAACACCUGCCUGUGUGUCUGUCCAAGUGCAGGGUGGCAAGGAGUGUGUGCAUCUUCCUGGGGGAGGUGGUACCUAUGCAUGAGCACAGGUAGCACGAGCACCUCUGCAAAUCUGCGCUGGCACACAGGCUGGUAGGCUUGUGUCUACCUGCUUAUCUACAUAUGGAUGAUUCCAUGAAUCUAACUGCAAAUGGGACUGUGUACGUGUCUGUACAGAUAUUUUAGCAACUGUUGAAUAACUGCACACUACUUCUCAGACUGUGUUCUGUGAUUGCUGCUUGGCUGUGGGAGCCCUUCGGUACCAUCUCCAGGCUCUCCCCAUCACUUUCUCACCGGAAUUAACCUGGGAGAACCAGAUGUAGAAAAAUGCAACUAGCCUGCACCAGGUGCAGGGUGUCCACAUGUUUGUAACAUGUGUUAUUUCAGUCUCUGAUCCCUUUAUCAGAGAGGAACCUUCUAUUGUAAAUACACUAAAUGUUCUGAAUUAAAGUGAAUAUUUUUA